GAAUGCCUACGGCACGUUAUAAGACCCAUUUUCCCCCUCCCAUAUAUAUAUAAUAUAUAUAUAUAUAUAUAUAUCCCCACCAAGUAAGGCCGCAAAAGGCUGUCCGCGGGACCGCAGCCACGGUACUUCAGUACAGUUAACGUCGCUCCAAACAGUACACAGUAAACGUUCUCGUCGUUCUUUUAAAACCACACACACGUUAUCCAACUCCACUCCUUUUGCCAGCAUUCGUACCAAGUGCAUUUGUGUUGUGCUCGAGGUUUUUAAAAUUACAACAGGUGUCUAAUUUAUUUUUAUCUACAUAUUUAUUGUUCCAAAUAAACAUAUGCACUAAUAUCAUCACUGUUACAAUGGUUAUUUAUUUGAUAACUCGACUUAGCAAUUAGUUUGAAUAAAUUAUCUAAUGGAUAAAGUAACAAUGACUGUCACAACAUUAUCUAAUAAUUUAACUAAUAAUAAUAAUAAUAGUAAAAAUGGAGACAGAAAUAGUGUGUCAGUGGCCGUUGCCCCUUCUCAGCUUCCCUCGGAGGCCGGAGCAACGGUAUACGUAGCAGAUAAUCCAGCUCUAAAAGUCACAUCUCCAUCAAGAUCCUCAUCUUCAGUUGUCGGAUCAUCAGCAACUGCAGCAGAUUCAAAUGUGUUGUCUAAAUCAAGUGAAUGUGAUCGUAAUUAUCAAUCUACAUCUCAUGUUGUUAAGAUUAAAAUAAAUCCAGUGUUAGAUAGCAGCAGUAAAGUAAUAUCGAGUGUACACUUGACACCGGAUAUCGACUCAACGGUAAACAAAGUCGAGUGUUUUAUCAAUUGCAAUAAUAAUUACAGUAAUGAUAAUAAUUAUAAUAUAAAUACUGUUAAUAACGAUAGUAAUACUGAUACCUGUGUACGAAUUUGUGUCAACGAUACUGAAGAAAUGUUACAGCGAAUUCCUGAACAGAGUACUUGCUUUUAUUACGGGGCUUAUCAGAGUAGGAACAAUGUUAUGAUGUCAAGUGGACAAUGUUCACCCAGUGAUACACUGGACAGUGGCACUUGCAGUGAUUUGGAUGGUACACCUCCACCGUUGCCAAAAAAAAAAAGUUCAAGUACUACUUUACUGGGACAGUCUUUGUCUCUGUCUGCUGCUGCUGCUGCUGCUGCUGAUGAUGAUAACGAUGACGGUAUUAAUUAUGAAGAUGGGAGUUGUGUAAUUGGUGGUAAUGGACAGCACACUCGCACUGGUAGUUUAACAAGUAGCGGUGCCGAAAUAGAUAGCGAUGAUAAUGAGAGUAAUGUUAGUUGUGAUUCUCUUAAUCGCCGAGUCGAAAUAAAAACCCAAGAAGAAGAGGAAGAGGAAGAAGUGGAAGUUGGGCGAGUAGAAGAAGAACAAGUCGAGGAAAUAGUUGGAGAUAAGGAGAUAAAAUCAAAGUUCCAAGAGCUCAAUUUAGUUAAUGAUAAUGAGAAUAAUAAUAGAGAUAAUGGGGGUUUUAAAAUAAAAAAUAUUUCGUCAGGUACUUCCUUGUCUAAGACAUCUUCAGCGACACGUAUUAACCCGAACCCGUUGGUUAACGGACAACCUCUUACUUCAAGUUCUGUCACUUGCAAAACUACUACUCCAGCGGCUGUUACUGCAAUGACGCCGGUGGUUAAAGAGUGCACGUACGAAGAACGUAAACGAGAACAAGAACAACUUGGGAUAAGUGAUUAUGGAAAUAAUAUUAAUAAUAGUAAUAAUUACAAUGAUAAUACUAAUGCUAACGCAAAUGGUAAUGCCAGCAAUGCUCAGGAAAUAAAAUACGUUUAUGACGACGACAGGUACUACAAAUUUCAUAUUAAUGAACUUGAGCCAGAUGCCAAUGAUGAUAAUAAAAAAGACGGAUUUGACUGUGAAACGGAGGAAUAUUUCGCGGGGUAUAAAAUACUUGAUAAAGAAGCCAUACGUAGUGCCAAGGGAACUGUCAGAGGAGUUAAAAAUCGUGUACGCGCUGGUAUUGCGACUUUUCUGCAGAACCCUUCUUCUAAGAGUUUCCGGCAAAAAGAUGCUGGCAAAGUAGUAGUAUACACAACGUCAAUGGGAGUUGUACCAAAAACCCGAUUUGCAUGUUUAAAAAUGCGUCACAUUCUAAAUACUCAUAUGGUACAGUAUGAAGAACGUGACUUGUAUAGAAGUUCAGGAUUGCAAACAGAAUUGAAGGAUCGUCUAGCGAGUGAUUACGUACAAGUUCCACAGCUCUUCAUCGACGGUCAGCAUAUCGGGGAUGCAGAUGCUAUUGAACAAUUGAAUGAAUCAGGAAAUUUACGAUCAAUGCUCAAACCAUACAAAUUUCACGGCGUUCGUAAAAUAUGCGCAGUAUGUGGAGAUGAUGGUUUCGUACCCUGUAUUUCUUGUCACGGCAGUAAAAAAUCAUGGAGAUGGCACGGAUUUCUCAAUGAAAUUUGUGCUCUCAGAUGCACUAAUUGCGACGAAAUGGGUUUGAUGCCCUGUCCCAUGUGUUUAAGAUGAACAAAAAAAAAUUAAAUAAAAAUGCGAUGCAAUUUUUUUUUUUUUUUUUUUUUUCAUUGUUAUCUUUCCUCAUUGCUCAACCCACUAUUAAGCAAAUAUAAAUUUAUUAACCUCAAAAAAAAGUAAAAUAAAAUCUUAAAUCUAUAAUUAUAUUUUAAAAAUUACCCUGUUAUUUUUGAUUGUUUAUUGUUUUUAACGUUAUUACUAAAAUUG